AUACAAUCAAUUCAUUUGGCAAUUUAGUUAUCUAAAAUCGUUCUAAAUUUUAAAUUAUGAAAUUUGAAAAUUUGAUGAACUCUAGUGCUGUUAAAUAUCGCAUAGUGUUGGCACAUUUUGCAACACUGUCCACUUGUCGCUAACGAACACUAUUUUUGUUUGUUGAGAAGAAAAUAAGCCUAAACAGAAAAUUGUACAACAAAAUUGAAUUUAAGUAAAUUCUCAGCAAUUACUUAACUUUAAUCAAAUCAUAUUACAAUUAGUCAGCACGGAAGAAGAGAUUCAUCACGUUGUAAUGAGUCACAGUUGCGCUCUGCUGCCCUGAUUCGAGUAGAAAAGGUGAAAACUGUGUGUGUAAGCAAAGAGAACUGUAAAAAAUGUACUCUGAGUGGGCUUCGCUGUCGGCACAGAUUAAUGCCAACAGUUGUGGAGCACAGUGUUACAGUGUUCUGAAUAAGUUUCCAGCAUCUGCUGGUCGGGAAGUCGUAAUCUCAGUGGUUAAACAGCUUGGCACCAAUUUGGGCAUAACCCAGAAUGCGGAGCCCAGCCACCUGGUGAAAGAUGAGGAGGUCAGAUGGUGCAUGGACGUCAUUUGUUUUGGACUCUCAUUACCAUUGCAGGAGCAUGAGACUAUCAAGGACUGCGUCAAUGUCUACUGCGAAUGGUUGACCGCGCUGCAUCCGCAGCCACGUAUCAGUGUGCCCAAGCCCAUUUGCGAGGAUGCCAAUCUGUAUGCAAGACAGAUAAUCAAUCAUUUCCACAAUCUGUUCGUUCCACGACAGGGAGAAAGCUCUGAUACGAUAAAGCGCCAGGCCGUGCUCUGUCAUCGCGUUUUGCGCACUCUCCAGCAAACAGCUCAGAUUUCGCAGCACAUGGACCGAGAGACCUGGGAAACGCUGCUACUCUUUCUGUUAGCAAUCAAUGAGAUUUUACUGGCCCCGCCAACUGUGAAGGAUGAUGUGGGCGACCAACUGUGUGAACGUGUGCUUUCCGUACUAUUCGAGGUUUGGCUUUUGGCUUGUGUUCGCUGUUUUCCGUCGCCCUCGCUGUGGAAGACUCUGCAAGAAUCAUGUGCCAUGUGGCGUCACCGCAUUGCACUUGUGGAUCAAUGGAAUCGAGUAAAUCUUGCAUUAACCGCGAGGUUAUUGGAAUUCAGUUAUGGGCCAGAUUUUACACAGCUUAAAAAUGCUGAUGAGGAUAGUCAGCUUAUACCUGCGGGCAUGUCAAAUGAUUGUGUGGCACAGACUUGGUAUCGAUUUUUGCGCAUGAUAGGCAAUCCCACAGCUCUCUGUUCGCCGCACAUCAUCAGCAAAUCGUCACAUUUCGUUCAGUGGGCUCUCACGCACGAAAAGGGAGCCGAGACACAUCAGCAUCCGUGCCUUCAAGUUCUGCCUCAGAUCUUCCUAAAUGCUAUCCGCGGAAUCUCCAGCCAAGUUGAUGCCUUUCUGGGCAUUUAUCAGCCUCCGCCCAGCCAACAGGACAACGUCGUUACAAAUCUGCUUGAGAUACGCCACUCUUUAAAUGAGGCAACUUCAUCCACGCUCCAACAGUUCAUACACUCGAGCAGCGUCUCAAACAUUAGCAUGCAGCAAUCGGGGUCGACUCAGUUGUCCCAUCCGCCGCAUCAUCAUCAUCUCCACUAUCCGCAUUUGCAUUUACAUGGCGCUGGGAGUUUCCUACGCGAUAACUUUGUAAGCAGCUCGGCCAGUUCUGCUUUAAACGCCAUUAUGGGCCACCAUCAUCAGCAGCAGCAGCACCAGCACCAGCCUCAGCAACAGCAACUGUCUCAAGGGCAAUACGUACAAAAUUGUAGUGCUUCUCCAACAAACCUUUGCUACAUCGCUCCCGCUGGCCCGGUUGGCAGCGUUAGCGCUGGCGGCAGUCACUCGGCGGGCGUUGCAGGCUGCAUCUCGUUCAGCACGUCUGAGGCAAUGCCGCUGUCAAGCUCAAACGGCAGCAGCAGCAGUAGUGUAACACCCACGCCACCUUUGCAGCGUCGCCUGGCCAAAAGUUUUAGCGUGGCUCCAUCCAUCACGCAGCAGAAGGGCUUAAGCAAAACAGCGCUUAUCAGCCUAACACGCAGCUCGGCGAGCGCCGCCCCCACGACUCCGACUUCGGGUCCGCCCUCAUCAAGCAGCAUCAAUUCGCUGCCAUCGAUCGGCACUGAGCUGCGUCCGCCUCUCUCUGUGGCUCGUCCGAAAUGCAACAGCAUUCUACAUUUAUUCGGAGAGUGGUUGUUCGAGGCAGCGCACAUAGGCGGCGAUACUUGGCUACAGAAUCGUAAAAAGCAAGCAUGUGAGGCUAGUAAGCGGCCGUCGUCUAUGAUAAUGGAGAAUCGCAAGGGAUCGAUAUCGUUGUCCCAACCCAAUUCGCUGAACGAUCCAUCAUCACUGCCUCCCACGCUGACCAUUGACAAAUAUGAAUCUGGUCGUGCCGAGGCAAUUGGCACACUAUGCAAAAUCUUCUGCGCAAAGAAAACCGGCGAGGAAAUCCUGCCUGUCUAUUUAGCUCGCUUUUAUAUGGCGCUACAACAGUGCCUCAAGAUAACUGAGUCAAAGGAGUGUGACGAAACAUUGGCCAGUAUUCUACUUCAUUCGGCAGACUUGUUCCGCUUAGAUCUUGAUGGUAUAAAUGUCCUGCUACCUGGAUUCAUUGCAGCUCUCGAGAUAGUACUGCCAGAUAAAGACUUAAAGCUCAAGACUCAGGCAGUUGCAUUCAGUCGCACCGAGUUACGUCGCUCGGCCAUAAAUAUUUUGCUUUCUAUUAUGGUGCUUCCCCUCCAUUACCACGCUUUGCCCAUUCGUACAUUGACAGCCGACUCGGGUGACAAGAUGAUGACAUUCUUGCAACUCAAGUCCCGUCUAAUGAAUAUACUGAUGAACGCCCUGCAGGUGGAAACUGAUGCACAAAACACGCAUAUGUUGUUGGGCGGAUUGCUGCUCUGUGUCCAAGACGCAGUUACGUUUGAGGAAAGUGAGCUGGGAGCCACAGAUCACUUGAGUGGCACCGGUGUUCAGCACCAUGAAGAAAAUAUUCUAAGUUCUGCGUGCUCGGACCGUUCCGCUUCGUUAGCCAGCGGCACGGUCAGCUUUGGCGCUCCAACCGCGGCAAUGAGCUCGCGUGAUACGGCUUCGGCCCACGAUUAUCCCAGUCUGACCAUAUCCGAUGAUAUAUCGGUGGAGUUUACAAGCGAAUUAGAGGGCGUUGCAUCAUAUGACAAUGCUCAUGCCCUGUUUGUGCGUGCCACGUAUUUGGUGUGUCAUCGCCUGAUAUCCUCCUGGAAGACCGAUUUGAACGUUUCCCUAGCAGCGCUCGAGUUACUCUCGGGUCUAGCGCGACUUCACAUACGCGAAACAGACGCUCUCGAAUGCAAGCGCGCAGUGAAAUGGAUAUGCGACUAUAUUUGCUAUCAGUGCUCGCGCCCGCCACCAGCGCACAGCAAGGAUCUGCACAGCACAAUAGUUGCUGCAUUCCAGUGUACGGCAGCCUGGUUGAUGCAGCAUCCCUACCUGUUGCAGGAUAAGGACUGCCUACAGACUGUGCUUGAGGUGGUCGAGCUUGGCAUAUCGGGGACUAAGAGUCAGAGCAAAUCUGGAGAUCUACCCAAGUUUAAAGACGAAAAGGAACUAAAGCCAGCUUCGAUGCGUGUUCGCGAUGCAGCUGAAAAUUUGCUGACAAUCAUAUUAGAGCAAGUCGGCUACUUUCCUAGCGAGUGUGGCCCCGAGUCCAUAUCUUCGCUCCUUGAUGAACUAGCUCUGAUGAAACACUGCAAUUCUCCUCCGACCGGAGAUGGUUCAGCGGGCGUUUGCAAUGCGGAGCAAGCAAUUUCAAAGUUUAAGUAUUUUGUCACAGAAAAUUCGACAAUAUUGGCUUUGCUGGAGGAGCCUUUAGGCAAUGAUCAGGAUCCGCAACCAACUGUCACCCUUCUAAUUCGCGGGCCAUUUGGCCGCCAUGCAUGGACCAUGCAGCUGCGCCAUUUACCGCGCAGCAAAUCGGGUAUCAAGUACCACGCCGUUAAUCCCGGUCGGCCCAUUCCGAUGAAUGACAUCACACAACGUCCUGAAUGCGAGCAAAAAAACUUUCCCGAGGGCGUGGACAAAGUUCAGCCUUGUGUGGCUGAUUACUCGAUACCAACGAUUGAGCAGAUUCGUGAACAGUACGGUGCUGGCAUCAUUAACGAUCUAGAGGCCAUGCUAGAGAAUCAAAGUAUACACGAAAAGCUAGCUUGGGCGGAGUCUGACAAUAAUAUGGACAGCCUGUCACAUGCCCAGGAAUGUGUACCUCCCACGGUCUGUCAUGAGUUUCAUGCAGCUCGUCUGUUUCUCUCCCAUUUCGGAUUUCUCAGCUUUGAGAUCCGCAAUCCGAACAAUCCCGUAGAGUCACUUACUCCUCCACAAAGGCCUCUCAUUGUGCUGGACACAAAAUCAUCUGCCUUUGCAACGGAUCUGGACAAGUUGGAUAAGCUAAGUGCUCGAACGCACGAUACGGUUUAUUGUUUCUAUGUAAAGGCGGGUCAAACGAGCGCACAACAGAUCAUUGGCAAUAUGGCCGAGGACCAAUUUUAUGACUCACACUUUGCCAACAUGCUGCAAACGCUGGGCUGGCCUGUUCAGGUGGCUGAGCACUCGGGUUGGACGGGCUUUGCACACAACUCAUGGUCACUAAAGAGCACCUCGGAGCGUUCCAACGUGUCCAGUGAAUCUAAUUACAAUGGUGCACAACGCGUACUCUAUUGGGCAGAUGUCUCCUCUGAGAUAGCGUUCGUUGUGCCCAACGCCUGGAAUCUGCGCUACAAUAACGAAAUGGAUGGCUGCAGUUUGUCUAGCAAUUGCAGUGAUCAGAGCACAAUGAGCAAUGUCUGGAUACGUAGCGAUGACGCUGCCUCUAUGAAGUCGAAACCACGAAAUCUCAGCUUAGAGUUGGAUACAGGCAAUAGAAAUAAGGAGCCUGUACCACCCACGCGCCGAAAGGGGAAUGUGUCAAAGCCUGCACUUCUUGUCCAAGCGCCAGCGAAGAUAUUCCUAGUGUGGCUAGAGAGCUUCGAGGACUACCUUAACUUUCCUGUCGAGGAUCUAUUGGCCUAUGCACGCACUGGUGAAGAGCUGCACACGAUGCAAUUGCCGAGAGCAGCCGACUGUCACGUUAUCUUCGUGCAUUCUCUUCAAUCAGGUUUGUUGAGAGUCAAAUUACUUGGACCACCUGGUCGCAUGAGCUUCGCCACGCCAUUAGUCGAUGGCAUGGUGCUCAGCCGGCGAGUAGUGGGUAAUUUGGUACGUCAAACAGCACUGAAUAUAUCUCGGCGUAGGCGUUUAGAUAAUGAUAAUUAUCAGCCACCACAUGUACGACGUCGUCUAAAGGUGCAGGACAUAGUCCAAAAGUAUAAGAUGGACCUAAGCGAAGCAGAGCUUCUGGCGCAUUUGUUCCAACGUUCGAUUUAGCUUUAAAAUAUUUAUAUAUAUUAUUAUCCCUAAAAAUAUUCCGAUCAUCUUUUUUAUAUGCAAACUAAUUGUAAAAGUCUAAGUAAACUAACAAAGUUAGAACCUUAAGAGCAACAA